CUCUCCAUCUACCAACCUAAAUUAAAAUAAGAAUAUCUUUUCCGUCUCUGAAUUUCUAGUCAGGGUGACCGUUGUAAGGCCGAACUGGACCUGGUGCAGAAAGAGCUAGGAAGAUGCGGUCCCGGAUCACAUAUCUCCAACAUGAUGUCUCGCAGUUCAAUCCCUCCCAGAUCCGCGUCCGGAAAGAUUCCAUAGAAUUGAGCAAGUUGGAUGCGGCAAAGGAGCAUCGCAUGACAUUUGCAUUCUCGGAGCUACCACGGGAGUUAUGGCUGGCGCUGAAGCAAUGCCACGAACUUCACGUCCGCUGGGUAUCCAUGACCCCGGUGCAAGGGGUGGGCCCAUACGUUUCACGGAUGUCGCCUGGGCUCCAUGUCUUCUUCAGUCCCUUAAGCGAGGGUACCGCGGACCGCCUUUGCCCCCUGAUCAAGAAGGUGUUUGGAGAUGGCAUGGAUUGUGUCUCUCCACAGGAAUCGUUCAUAAGUCCUCCUAUACUCUCGGAGAGAUUCUCAGCUUCCUCAUCCCUUCAAUAUUACCAUGUGACUCCUUCCCUCAAAGAUCUCGUUGCCUAUCUGAAAGAAAAAAUAUGUCCGAGGUCAGAUGAGAAAUGCAUCCGCGACGCAGCGUCACUUCUCGAUGCAAAAUACCUUGAUAUGGACUAUGAUGCCAUAUCUCACUCGCUGACCGUCACCGCCUUCUGGGAUCGUGCUUGUCCUAAUUCACCAUGGACGGAGACGCACCUGAGGAGAGAGAGCUCGGAAACAAUCGAGAUCGGGGUUCUUAAUGCCGAGAAGGCUUCGGAACCGGAAGAGCAGUCUUUAGGAGGCUUCCUGGCCGUCCUUGGGCAGGACGACGAACCCAAGCCAACAUUGUUCUCCUUCCCCUCCCGCCAUCACGCCCUCCCGUCGUCUCCAAUCAAGUAUCGUGCUCACUUCUCCCAACCAACUGGCCUCCAUCCGACUCUCCACCUCACGUUCUCCUCCCCGCCGGUUCCUCCAAGUCCAAUUACUUCCCCCGACGCCGAACCCAUGUCCCACUCCUGCGCCCUCCACGCCUAUCUUACUCUCCCUUCCCAAAUUUUCCUCGACCGCUACCAGCUAUCCGACCCGCUCUUCCUAUCGUCCCGGAAUUUGCGCUCCUUGAGGAGCCUUUCCGGCGAAACCGACCUCGAGGCGCCGGACUGGGUCGUCUCACGAUGGGGAUCGGCGGCUUUGAUUGAGCUAGCAUCUCCCGCUGACUCUAGGUUGGAUCACGGGGAGAAUAAGCAUCGUCAGAACGAGUGGACGGCAUCGAUUCCUCUUCAUCUGCGGUACCUGUCUCCUCGAAACGUCUCUGCAGCAUCAAAUGGCGGGCGCGGGUCGGUAGGAGAAUGGUUGGCUGGGUGGAAAAAUGGUGCGAACGCGAAUAAUACGGUCACUACCCCUUUCCCUUGGCCUCCCGUCUUUUGGGCAUGCGCCGCAGAUUCGGGGGACAAGUUUGCAGUCAACCCGUUUGACCGCACAAAUCUGGGAUACGACGGGCUCUUCGGUAGACAAACGGUCUUCUAUCAUAUAGAGCCGGAGGCACUGGAUGGCGGAAGUUUCAUGGGCUUGGUGAAUAUACCGGUAAUGGAUACGGAAUGGGCGAGGUGGGUAGAAUUGGGGACGGUUUGGGCCAUAGCACUGGGAACGGUGUGGGUUUGCUGGGUGAUUGGGAAGGUGGUUUUCCAGAACCGGAACCGAAAGCAAAUGAAGGGCGAUAAGAAACAUAGGUAGAGGUGGGAUUUUUAAGGAUACCUUUCAAAUUUUGAUAU